ACUGCUUGGAGCUCUGCUGCACAGUCUGGACACUUGCUGUACAGCUGCAUCACGCAGUCUGCUGCUGCAGCUGCUGAUGCGAACUCUGCAGCCUCUGCUGCACGCUCUGCUGCAGCAUCCUGCAGAGACUGUCAUGCCUUCCAUCGUUUACAGAGAUUUCCACAUUGACGUAAGAAGCUUACAGUUUUGGGAUGAGGCAUAUCAAGAGCCUGCCAUCCUCAUGGAGCAUAUCAAACAGAUUCCCGGGCUGACAUGUUUCCUGCCUAUCAUGGAGACGCUGCGCACGACAGCCAAGAGCAGAGAGCUGGUGUCAGCGCUGCAGCUGUCCAGUGAUUGGUUGCGAGCUGACUACGAGAACGCUGACCAGACUGCUGCUGUCAGCCUGCGUCAUGACAGUCAUGUGGAUGCUUACAACGUGCUGUUGCGCCACGUCCAAAAGCUCACAGCCGAUGUUCUGCCGCAUGUGAGUCGUGAUGACCCACUCUCAGACGCCCUGCAAUCUGCCUUGUCGCUGCCUGAAUACGACCCCUUCCUUCUUAAAUAUAACAGUCGAGGUAGCGAACAACCGACUCCAAAUGUUGCGAAUGGUGACAACAUUCACAAUGGCAGCUCCAUUCAUGAGCCAUGGUUAGGAGAGGUGCACGCGAGUAGCCCGGUGUGCAGUGGCCUAUAUUUAUGGUAUGUUCGUAAAUAUACCAUAAAUAUAAUUUACCAUGGUAAAUUAUAUCAUAAUAACCAUUGCUGUUACUUGCCCAGAUGGUUAGGAGAGGUGCGCGCGAGUAGCCCGGUGUGCAGUGGCCUAUAUUUAUGGUAUAUUCGUAAAUAUACCAUAAAUAUAAUUUACCAUGGUAAAUUAUAUCAUAAUAACCAUUGCUGUUACUUGCCCAGAUGGUUAGGAGAGGUGCGCGCGAGUAGNUGUUGUGUUUAA